AUGAACGCUAACGGUAUUAGGAUUGCAUUGGCUGUUGCAGCAUUGGGUUCAGUGGCAUAUGCUUUCACUGCUGAUGAAGUUGAAAUAUUUCAAUUACAUCAGGAAUUACAAGAAAAAUAUGGUGAUAAGAUCAACUUUUACAAAUUGUUGAAAUUACCUAAUGGCCAGGGAUCAACUUCUAAGGAAAUCACCAAAAAUCUGAGAAAACUAUCCAGAAAAUAUCAUCCUGAUAAAAAUAAGAAGUAUAAGACGUUAUAUUCCCGUUUAAAUUUGGCUACGCAGAUCCUAUCUAACGAUGACACAAGAAAGACUUAUGAUUAUUAUUUAAAGAAUGGGUUCCCUGACUACAAUUUUAAGAAGGGUGGGUUCUUUUUUAAAAGAGUUCAACCUCAAACUUGGUUUAUUCUAAGUUUCAUAUUUCUUGCUGCCAGCUUUAUUCAUUAUGUAAUUUUAAAAAUCCAAUAUAAGGCUCAAGUGAAAAGAAUCGAAUCUUUUAUCCAGCAAUGUAAAGAACAAGAUACCAGUAAUGGUCUUGGUGAAACUAAAUUGACCUUCAAACAACACGAAGAAGACGAAGGUAAAAAUCUUCAUAUCAAAUUUGGUUCCGUCUACCUAAUGGAAGAUGAUGAAACCGAGUCAUUAAUUACAGCCGAUGAUAUCCCAAUUCCCUCUAUUACGGACACAAUUUUGUUUAAAAUGCCAAAGGGUCUAUGGAAUGCUUCUCUUGGUAGAAUUUUAAAUAAGACAUCAAAUGACAAUGACAAUACCAAAACCAGCGGUACAAAAUUGGGAUCCAAAGGGAAUAAGAAAAAUUAA